UGGACUGAGCCUGACAGCACCUGUCACCACUGCAGAAAGCAGCCAGGAUCAAGGGCAGCUUAUCAGGCCAGUUUUUAACCGGUGUGGUCUACCACUUUUCUCAAUGUCUCUUUAAUGCGUGGCGAGCUCAGCAGCACAGAUGACCAUGCUGAAUUGCAGAAUCGCAAACGAGCUCCAGCAUGGUCCCAAAGGGAGACACUGGAUCUGAUUGCUGUAUGGGGAGAAGAAUCUGUGCAGGCCGAACUCUGAUCAAAAAGAAGAAAUGCUAAUAUAUAUGCCAAAAUCACACAGGGCAUGGUGGAGAGAGGCUACAACAGGGACACACAGCAGUGCCGCAUGAAAGUCAAGGAGCUCAGGCAAGCCUACCAAAAGAUAAAGGAGGCAAAUGGUCGCUCUGAGUCAGAGCCCCAUACAUGCUGCUUCUAUAAUCAGCUGCAUGGCAUUCUGGGGGGAGGACCCUGCCACUACCCCACCACUGUCCAUGGACACCUGCAAGCGGGGAGUCUCACGCAACGGAGAGGAGGAUUUUGUGGAUGAGGAAGAGGAGGAGGAGGAGGAGAAGUAUGAGUAGCAGGCAAUCAGUGAAUCCAUUCUCCUCAGCAGACAGGACGUUUUCAUCACCCUGGAGCCAAUACCCUCCCAAGGCGGGAUCACCGACCCUGAAGCCAGAGAAGGCAGCUCUGGGAGUGAAGUGGUGGAGAUGGGCGCACACUGGAUCCAUGGACCCUCCAAGGAGAACCCUGUCUUCAAGCUGGCGUCCGACUACGGGCUGCUGGACGAGGAAGCCAUGUCCGAAGAGAACCAGCAGAUUGAGGUGGGGGGCCACCCCUUCCUGCCCACGGUUUUCUACUCCAACGCGGGACGAGUCCUGACCCCAGAGCUGGGGGAGGGGGUGAGGAACCUGUUCUCCACCCUGCUGGACCAGACGCGUGAGUUCCUGCACGUGCCGCAGGUCUCCGUGCCCAGUGUGGGCGAGUAUCUGCGGAAGGAGAUCGCCCAGCAGGUGAAGGAGUGGACGGACGAUGACGAAACCAAGUGGCUGAAGCUGGCCGUCCUUAACACGUACUUCAAGCUGGAGUGCUGCGUGUGUGGGACCCACAGCAUGGAUCACGUGGCGCUGGGGCCCUUUGGGGAGUAUGCCAUGCUCCCCGGCCUGGACUGCACCUUCCCUGGCGGCUAUGGAGGCCUGCCAGACUGCAUGCUGACCUCGCUGCCCAAGGAGAGCGUGGUGUUCCACAAGCCAGUGACAGCAGUUCGCUGGGGUGGCUCCUACCGGGAGGAGAGCCAAGAGGGGCGGACGUUCCCAGUCCAGGUGGAGUGCGAGGACGGCGAGAGGUUCCUGGCAGAUCACGUCAUCGUCACAGUGCCUCUAGGGUUCCUUAAAGAGCAUCAUGAGACCUUUAUUGACCCUCCGCUGCCACCCCGGAAAGCAGACGCCAUUAGAAAGCUGGGCUUCGGGACGAACAACAAGAUCUUCCUGGAGUUUGAGCAGCCGUUCUGGCCACCGGACUGCCAGCUGAUCAAGGUUGUCUGGGAGGACGAGUCUCCUCUGAUAGAGGCUGGGACUGACCUGCAGGCCGGCUGGUUCAGAAAACUUCCCUGCUUCGUAGUCCUCCAGCCACCGGAACAGUAUGGGCACGUCCUCUGUGGCUUUAUUGCUGGGAAGGAAUCUGAGUACAUGGAGACCCUCAGUGACGCUGAAGUUCUUACGGCCUUAACAGAUGUAAUCCGUAGACUAGCAGGGAACCCUCACCUCGCCCCACCGAAGAAGGUGCUGCGAUCUCAGUGGCACAGCGCUCCGUAUACCAGAGGCUCCUACAGUUACGUGGCCGUCGGCAGUUCAGGAAACGACAUUGACGCACUGGCUCAACCCCUUCCCGAGGAUGCAGCUGACCCCUGGCCGCUGCAGGUUCUCUUUGCCGGAGAAGCCACGCACCGGACUUUCUACUCCACCACGCAUGGGGCCCUUUUGUCAGGCUGGCGGGAGGCCGACCGUCUGCUCAGCCUGUAUGACACGUCUGAAUCCCACCAGCACAAGCCUCAGCUCUGAUGCCGCUCGCUUCUCCCUGCUGCCGGGAUGCGGAGGUCUCUGGUUUCCAGCUCAUUCCUCAACCUCCAAUUCCUUCUGUCCCCUGCUGUUGCCAAGGGAAAGGGGUUAGUUUGUGUCUAGCUGGCGUGCCCGCUCUUUGUGGCUUGUCUCUCUGAUCUCCCUGCGAUCAGACUAAAGGCUGGGUGGCUGUAGGCUUGACCCCAGCGCUGGGAGCUGCAGCACCCCCACGGAUGAGGGUGACUAGGGAACUGAAAUGCCACCUAACUAUGCAAUGGUGUGCUGUCAGUAGAAACAAGUAAAUCUCUAUCGUUAGG